GCAUAAAGAGUACCUCAUAUUAUAUCUUAAACCAGGAAGUACACAAAAUAGGUAUUUCGGUGUUAAAUCAGUAUACUAACCGGACGUUAAUCGUGUGACUUGGCAAACGGAAUAUUGAUUUGGACUUUUUUAGUCCACAUCACCCGUUAAGUGCUUGGUUAUUACACGUUUGAAACCCUAACCUAAUUGUACGAAGACUCCAAAGACAAAAAACGAUGAAGUUCUAAGCCUAAAGAGAGAGUAACUAAGGUGUUGAAGUGGUAAUCUGAAGAUGGAGACUGAAAUAUCUGAUGAAAGUGUUUUGCAAGUGCCCUUCAUUGUUGAUUUGGGAUUUGAAGAUCCACUUCUUGAGGCAGAAGCUGGACUACUGUUUGAAGAUGAAUUCAACUCUGAAAAUGAAGACGAUGAGGAAUUACAACAUGGUCGGGUACUGCUAAGGAAGUUGGUGACUAAUCGAAAGAGUGUUGGUAAAAGUAAAGGGCACACAUCUACUGACAACAACAUACAUGAAGAAGAGUUAGUAGUGGAGGAAGAUGGGAAUGAAACUGAGUAUUUCAGCUCAAGUGAUGAAGGCAGUUACAAGUCUGGACCACAAUCUGAAGAAGAAGAAGAAGAAGAAGAAGAAGAAGAGCCUGUUAGAAAGAAAACCAAGUUUCCAAGUUUCAAAACAGAUGACAAAGUUGAGUUCUCAUUAGGAAUGAGCUUUGAAUGCAAAUCUCAAGUCAAAGAGGCAGUGGAUAAAUAUUCUGUCACUAACAGGUAUCCUUACCAUUGGGCAAAAAACUGUGCUAACAUGCUUAGGGCCAAGUGUUCCAAUUUAAAUAAAACAUGCACAUGGAUGGCUUACUUUGGGAUAGAUAAUAGAAGUAGUAGUAAGAAAUGGGUUGUAAAGACUUUGAAUAGUGAGCACACCUGCAAUCCAGGGUGGCAAAUACCUAGUGCAACAGCCAAAUGGUUAGUCAAUAAUUUUUUCAAAACAAAACCUGGUGUUUCCGAGAUGAAAGUAGCCUCAAUGAAAGAGAUGGUGAAGAAAGAACUAAACUGUGAGGUGUCUCUUGAGCAAAUGAAGAAAGCCAAGUCUAUUCUCAGAAAGAUGGAAAAGGGGGACAUUAAGGCAGAGUACAGCAACUUAGAGGAUUAUAAGGCUGAAAUAAUGAGGUCCAAUUCAGGGAAUACUUGCAUACUUCAGGUCAUGCAACCCACUCCAGUUUUUGAAAGGUUUUAUGUGUGCUUUGAGGCUUGCAAGAAGGGCUUCUUAGAGGGGUGUAGGAGGCUGAUUGGAAUUGAUGGAGCAUUUCUAAAGUCUGAAGUCAAGGGUGAAAUCCUCACAGCAGUCGCACGUGAUGCAAACAAUCAGAUGUUUCUUAUUGCUUGGGCAGUUGUGGGUUCUGAGAGCAAAGCUACAUGGAAAUGGUUUCUGGAGAACCUCAAAGAUGAUUUAAAUAUUGGAACAGGAGAAGGAUGGGCAUUUGUAUCAGAUCAAUAGAAGGGAUUGAUGCCUACAUUGUAUGAGUCAUUACCCGAUGUGGAACAUAGAAGAUGUGCGAGACACAUUUAUGCUUUGUGGAGAAGAUCACAUCCUGGGAUUGAGUUACAAAGGCAGUUUUGGAAGUGUUGUAAAUCUGCAUCAAAGAGAGAGUUUGAGAUGAAUCUAGAGGUACUGAAAUCUCUAUCUCCUAAUGGACAUGAAGAGAUUUUGAAAAUAGAUCCAAAGUUUUGGUGUAGGGCUUUAUUUAAUAGGUCUAUCAAAUGUGAAACUGUGGACAAUAAAUUGUGUGAAGCUUUUCAUGGAGUGAUAGUGCCUGCUAGGUCUCAAUAAGGAUUUUCUCAAUUGAAAUUUAUUAGAAAGUUGGUCAUGCAAAGGCUUAUCAAGAAUAGGACUUUAGGGGACAAGUGGGUUGGUCAGCUAGGUCCUAGAAUUAAGAGAAGGAUCAACAAGACAGUGAUAGCAAGCAAUUAUUGGAGGGUACUCUUUAAUGGAUCUAAUGGCUAUGAAGUUUCAUGUGGAUCUGAUACAUAUCUCGUAGACUUAGAGGGUAGGAGCUGUUUGUGUGAGCAGUGGGAUGUAUCUGGGAUACCUUGCAAACAUGCAAUUUGUGCAAUUAGGGACAAAGGUCAUCCAAUUGAGGAUUACAUUUCCCAAUGGUAUAAGAAAGAUAUGUAUCGCCAUACAUAUGCUCAAAUGAUGACACCUAUAGUUGGUCCUCUCUUUUGGCCUAAAACAAACUUCACAGUGUUGCCAACAGAAUUGAAAACUAAAGAACUAGGAAGGCCAAGAAAAAACAGAAUUAAAGAAAUAGGUGAGUAUCCUAGGACUGGUAAGUUACCAAGAGAGGCACAAGUAUCACAUGUCAGCUAUGUUUUGCAAGAGACCAUAACAAAAAUGGUUGUCCAUCAAAAGAGGUAAUUUUAAAUGGAACAACAUCAUUUCCAGUUGAUUUAGAAGGUAGUAGUUCAACACAAAGAAAGAGAUCAUGUGGACACUGCUCCCAAGAAGGACACACACAAAAUAAGUGCUCUUUGAAGACCAACUCUGAUCAGGUAACCAACACUGAAUCUGGUACUUCUAUUGAGCCAAGAAAUGUUACUGAGAGUAUAUUGAAGUCAUAUUUCAGUGAGAAUAAACAAGUGGAGAGACCUAGUGAUGGUGUAUUUCAAAGUAAGGGAAACAACUCCAUUGCUGCAGCUGGUUUGGAGGUAGAACUUGUGAAUUAAUAUUUUCAAUGUCUAAUGGAUACUAACAUGGUACAUUUUGUUUUGGUAUAGAGAGUAAGGGCUCGGAAAGGAAAGCAGCUUCAAGCCAAUGCAAGAAAAUCCAAAAAAAUGCCCAGUGAGCAAAUUGAAGUUACUGGAGAUGCUUCAACUGCAAGGCAGAGAUUUCAUGAACUAUAUGACUCCAUGGAAGCUCUUAAUGAAAAGUAGUUUAGUUUAUCAUUGUAGUGACCUGUUAGAAUGUUCUUCUGUUCUAGAAAUGUAAUUAUCCAGGUUGUUUUGUUUAAGAAUUUAUGAUGAUGAUGUACAAGGGUUUUUGUCAUGGAUAAACUGUGAUCUUGUACAAGGGUGUUUUUGUGAAGGAUAUACUGUGACCUUGUGAAAGGGUGUUUUUGUGAAGGAUAUACUGUGACCUUGUACAAGGGUGUUUUGGUUAUGGAUUUAUGAUAACUCUUUACAUGUUAUGCAGU